AUGUCAGCUCUAGUUGAUGAAGAAAAGAGAAGAAUGCUGAUAGCACAGAUAGAGAGAACGGCAGAGGAGAUCAGAAAAGGGCAAAAGAACGUAUUUUGCAUAGGCCGUGACCAUACCCACCUUUUUGGUUUGAGGACCCCUGGCGUGUACCCGAAGUUUUCAAGCGGCUCAAGGAUGGGGCUCGUAUCCAUCUGGUUCCUGGUUGUAAUUUUCCUGGUGUCCUCCACACUCCUUCUGAUCUUCAUGAAGGAAUGCGGUGUUGUUUAA